GGUCGCAUGCGCUGUGGGAUUGGAGCAAACGAUGGAUUGAACUUUCGGGAGCGAUGCGAAGCAAGCAACACUUCGUCCGUGUUUCAUUAAAGUUACGAUAUGCGACUACUCAAAACAACUUGGGCUGAUUAGGGUAUUUGUAAAAAGCCAGAUAUGCUGUCAUGAAUGCUUGAGUGUGCUGCUGGAAUCCAAAGGCUGUGUUUGACGCUCCCAACAAGUGGCUCAGCAGACGCAGACGCGUGCAGUCGCAGACGAGUGAGGAGCACACCGCAGUAUGUCUGCCAGCACGCUGCCCUGCCAGCCCUGUCAGAUGGACAGGAGCGGCAGCUUCUUCAAGCUGAUCGACACUUUCUCGUCGGAGAUCUCUGAGCUGAAGCAGGAGAUGGCGCCGCCAGCGGCGCCGGUGGACAGGGAGCCCGAGACGACCGUGCUGAGAGGGCUGGAGAACGAGGUGAGCGGGCUCUUCCUGCAGGCGGCCGACUGUGCGGGCGCCGGCGGGGCGCGGGACUCCGGCUACGACUCGCUGCGCAGACGCCUCAGCGUGCUGGACCGGCUGACGCAGACACACGCCGUCUGGCUGCAGCUCUCGCUGGGAGACGACGAGGCCAGACGUAUCCUGCUGCCGCAGCCACCAGGGACGUUCCUGGUGCGGAAGUCUCAGAGGCAGCAGCGGAAGGUGAUCUCUCUGCGCAUGGAGGCCAGCGGCGGUGACGAGGAGGCCGUGCGGGACUUCCCCAUCAAGGAGAGCCAGUACACCUUCUCACUGGAGGGGUCGGGGAUCAGCUUUGCAGACCUGUUCCGCCUGGUCGCCUUCUGCUGCAUCAGCAGAGAUGUCCUUCCUUUCACCCUCAAGUUGCCUGAGGCCAUCUCCACAGCCAGGUCCCCCACUGAUCUGGAGGCUGUAGCAAAGCUGGGAAUAGGCUUCUGGGACUCAGACCUGUGUAAUAAGAGGAAGGAACCAUUGUCUCAGUCGCCGUCAGCUCUUGAGGAAACCACCGUCCAACAGGAGGGACAGAGCUCAACCCCCACAGACGGCACUGUCCCCGGCCCCCACGCCCGCACCCCGCCCCACCUGGAGCGCAGCCAGUCCAAAGGGGCGCUGUGCUUCAUCAACCCCCUGUUCCAGCACCAAGCCGACACCCCCAUCCCAGAGUGCCCCGCCGUGGCCACAGCUCUGCCGACCACCGCUUCUGACCCCCAGCUGACCGACAGCGGCGCCCCCCUCCGGAACGGCACGUCUAGCGGGCACAACGGCGCCGCUCUGAGCCGCGCCAAGAGCGUCUCCCGCACGCCCCCGCCGCCCCGUCCGCCCCCUCCCCGCUCGCGCUCCGUUCCCCGCCGGCCGGCGCCCCCCAGGCAGAGGAGCAUGCCGGAGACGGCCUCCUGGAUCACCCCUCCGCAGAAGGAGAAGACCAGCCUGCUGGGCCGCCUGGGCUCGUCCUUCUCCUCCUCGCUGUCCUUCUCCUCGUCCUCGGCCUCCUCGCCGCCCAAGCGCAUCAGCGCGCCCAUCCCCGUGCCCUCCUCCUCCUCGUCGUCGUCGUCGCGGGGCAAGAAGCCGCCGGCGGGGCCCGACGUGGACGGCCACCGCUGCCACCUGGCGCUGGACGACCAGACCAUCGAGCAGGCCGUGUCGCUGAGCCUGGCCAAGCUGUCCCAGCGCAACGCUUCCAGCGUGGACACGGCCAGCCCCAGUCCCAACCCCAGCCCUCUAGAGCCCGGCCAGGGCACGGGGGUCAGAGGUCAGAGGUUGCAAGACGGCGGCGUUAGCCGGACCCGCGGCAACAGCGAGCGCCUGAGCGACAUCAGCUUCUCCACCUCCUCGUCCGACUCGCUGGACUUCUCCAACGGCUUCCCGCUGACCGUGGCCGGCUCCUCCAAGGCCGGCGGCGGCCGCGGCGGCCUGGCCGGCGACAGCAGCAUGGAGGAAGAGGAGGACGACGACGACGAGGAGCUGGACGGCGACUACGGCCCGGGGCCCGAGAGCGACCAGGAGCUGCGGCCGCCCUUCAAGGCCAAGAAGCGUCCGAGCGCCGGCACCUUCGUCCUGCCGCGCGCCCUCCGCGGCCACCUGCGCAAGGUCAGCGGCGUCUUCAGCUCGCUCAUGACCCCCGAGCGGCGGGCGGUGCGGCGCGUGGUGGAGCAGGCGCACGACAAGGGCACCUACUUCGGCUGCCUGGUGCAGGACCACGUCAGCUUCCUGCUGGAGAACGGCGGCCUGGGCCACACGUCGGGCACCGAGCUCCUGCAGACGCUGCGCCAGUUCAUGACCCAGAUGAAGUCCUACCUGCUCCAGAGCUCCGAGCUCGACCCGCCCAUCGAGUCCCUCGUGCCCGAGGACCAGAUCGACCAGGUGCUGGAGAAGGCCAUGCACAAGUGCGUGCUGAAGCCCCUGAAGGCCACGGUGGAGGCGGCGCUGCACGACUUCCAGGUGAAGAGCGGCGCCUGGCAGCAGCUGAAGGAGAACCUGGCGCUGGCCAAGGCGCGGCAGCCGCAGGAGAUGGGCGUGGACGGCGCGCUGCCGCCCGACCCCGUGGCCAUCGAGAAGAUCCGCCACAAGUUCCACACCAUGCACAAGAUGUACUCGCCCGAGAAGAAGGUGGCACUGCUGCUGCGCGUGUGCAAGCUCAUCUACACCAUCAUGGAGGACCACUCAGGGAGGAUGUAUGGGGCUGAUGACUUCCUGCCCAUGCUGACCUAUGUUCUGGCCCAGUGUGACAUGCCUCAGCUGGACACGGAGAUCCAGUACAUGAUGGAGCUGCUGGACCCCUCCCUGCUGCAAGGAGAAGGUGGCUACUACCUGACCAGCGCGUACGGCGCCAUGUCCCUCAUCCGCAACUUCCAGGAGGAGCAGGCGGCGCGCAUCCUGAGCUCGGAGACGCGCAACACCCUGCACCAGUGGCACCGCCGCCGCACCGCCCAGCGCACCACGCCCUCCGUGGACGACUUCCAGAACUACCUGAGGGUGGCACUGCAGGAGGUAGACUCCGGCUGCACCGCCAAGACCCUGAUGGUACAUCCGUACGCCACCACCGAGGAAGUGUGCCAGAUCUGCGCCGAGAAGUUCAAGGUGUCCGACCCGGAGAACCACGCGCUCUUCCUGCUGACGGAGGAGACCACGCAGCAGCUGGCGCCGGACACACACCCGCAGAAGAUCAAGGCGGAGGUGCACAGCCGACCCCAGGUGCAGCCCUUCUACUUCGUCUACCGCCGCGCGGCCGACCUCAACGAGCCCACAGACGACCAGCUCAACGGGAACUGCGAGCCCAACUGAGCCGAGCGAACCAGCAUUCCCCCAAGAACUGGCUUCUUACCACAGCCUCCACCUCCACCCCCCCCACCCUCAGCCUUAAUCGACAGAGCCGACCGGUUGGCACCGGUAUUUUCCCCUCUCGUGUCCCAGAACGGGUGCCUGGCCUGCAUGGUCUGGACUUGCUAUGGAACUGAACUGUUUCUUCUUCUGCAGCACUUCUCUAUUUCUGCAGUGGCGAAUGAGUUGUCAAGCGAGUAUCACUGCCCCAGAACGGAAAAUGGCAUUUGGAGAAAAAGAAGGAAGGAAGGAUGUCUGACAGAUGUAGCUGUUGCUGUUUCCCCCCCCCCCCCUCUCGGCCGUCACUAUUUUAAAGUGUCUGGAGUUGGCACGCGAUCCUGGCACGUGUGAGCAUCGCGGCACGUGUCAUACCAGAGCGUGAACCUGGCGUGUAGCACACGUGUGGUCCAUUAUGACUCCAGACCAUGACUGUUAGACCAUCGGCUGAUACUCAUUCAAAACAUGUCAUGAAUCCUUACCGGGUCUGUAAGAGGCGUUAGUGGGGAUGGGAAAAUUAGGUCGCUUCAGGGGAAAGGAUUCCCUGGGAUUUGUAGAUGUUUGCAGGCCAUGCCUUGACAUCUGUGUGCCUUGUACGUUCAGUGUGUACCUUCAGUGUGUUGUGCCUUUGAGGUCAGAUGCAUUCCUCUGUCCUAUUGCCAAGACUUGGUCUUGGUCUGCACAGGGCUGCAGCAGGGCUAAGAGUACUAGUAAGGUUUAUACUGGAAGAAGUUGCAAACUGUAAUCUGUCUUCUUGUACUGUCAAACGAUCUUUUAAGACCAUGUCCGCAAGGACCGUUUUUUUGGUAAAGAAACAAAUGUCUGUAACAAAAAUUUAUAGAAUUAGUUAUUGUGUGUAUUUAGUGGAAAGUGUGUAUUAAUUAUAUUGGGAUAUUGUCUGUAAUUCUGCAGUUGCUGGUAAACUGCAUCUAUGUUUUUAUAUAUGAAUUAUUGUAAUACUAUUGCAUGUGUUUCUGUUGAUCUGAAAUGUAGAUUAUGAGCAAGAAGCAGGCAUUGUUGCCAGUGAUAUUUGAUUAUUGUCUUUAUAUGUUUUUAUAUGAACUAUUUAGAGUGGUAUACAAUCCUCCUUAACAACAACAUCCUUAUGAACUUCCCCUGACAUGUUGGCAUUGAUAUGAAUGAGAUGACAAAAAUAUUAGAACAUGAUGAUACUACUGAAAAUUUCACAGCUGAGGGUUUGUGAAUGAUUCUCAACCUGUUAUGUUAAAUGGAUUGUGAAUGGAAAGUGUGUGUGUGAGGGGUCCUAACUUGGACAUUUGUUUUACUUUGUUGGGAUAACUGUUGAAGGCUUUUGUAUGUAGCUAAAGGCAAGUUAAUGGGAUGUGAAUUGAGAGUGAGAGUCAAUGCAAAAAAUAGGCUACUUGUAGGGAUAUACUAGCAAUGCAGCAGGUGAUGCAGUUGUAUUGUAUAUCAUUUUAUCGGGAACAUUCAAAUUGGGAUAUGGAGACGCAGCUUUUAAGCAAGGGGUAUAUUAAACAACACUCAGGGGCAGAGUGUUACUCAAAUAUUCAAUGUCCACAACAAUGAACAUGAUGAAUUCUGUCAGGGGUAAGAUCAUAAAUGUUUGUGUCAGCAUCACUAUUAAUAAAAACCCAGGGCAUUUGGUGGCUGCACUGACAGGAAACAGAAGUGAAAGAGGAAUGUUUUGGAGUUAAGGCAAGUGGCCAUGGAGACCUACUAAUAAGUUUUAGUAAAACGACAAACACUAAGGUUACGGUUUGUUCAAUUUGUCAAGAAUACAAAAUGUGGAAAUGUUCCUUUAAAAAAAAAAUGCAGUCCGUUUGAAAUGUAACUGUAAUUUUACUAGAUAUUUUAAUAAUGCUAAGUAUAUUUAUAUGUAAUCUGUGCAGGGAUUUUUUCACAGAUUUAUGUUCUUUAUCCUGCCCCAGUGUAGUCCUUAUGCAGUCUUUCCGAAUCAACAGACGGAACUUCAAAGCUCCACACGGUUAUGUCAGUUAUACUUUAAUACACUUUUGCACAAUAAAUGUUGGUUACAUGUA